AUGGAUCUGCAGCGUUUGCUAAAGUGUCAGUUGCUCGACUUGUGUGAGGAGCUCGGGGUAGACGCGAACACAUCGAUGAAAAAACCGGAGCUUGUUAAGGCUAUCCAGGACGAAAAUCUUGACAACGAGGAAAUCGAAGAGAUGUGGGAAAAAAUCAAAACAAAAAAAGGAGACGAAGCAAAAUUCAAGGAAUUAGAACUAGAAAAACUUCGUCUCGAGGUGGAGCUAAGGAAAACGAGCGGAGGACGGGAAACGGAGGUAGAGGGCACCCGAAGUCUCUAUGACAUGACGAAGCUUAUUCAGGCUUUCAAGGUGGGACAGGACAUGGGCCUCUACCUGGUAAACUUCGAGAGAGCUUGCGAGAGGGCCCGUUUUAAUCGGGUAUCUUGGGCCAGAAGGUUGCUGAGUGUUCUGCCAUGCGAGGCAGCCGGGGUAAUCGCGAGGUUAUCCGCGGACGACUCGGACGACUACGAUCGCGUGAAGAGCUGCCUGCUAAAGAAGUACCGGUUGUCGGCAGAAGCGUUCAGACAGAAGUUCAGGGGCGUGACCAAAAAGUCGGAAGCCAGUUAUGCGGAGUUCGCAUACGAACUUCGGUCGUACCUUGUCGAAUGGAUGAAGGUCGCCGAGUCGUAUGACGACAAAGAGAAAAUGCUGGAGACGGUCGCGCUCGAACAGUUCUAUAAGACUCUUCCUGAAAGCAUGCGAACCUGGAUUCAAGAUAAGUCAGGAGUAGACUCUGUUUAUCGAGCCGCAGACCUUGCGGAUGAGUACAGUUCCCGUAGAGGCGGAAAAGAGGGAAUGAGGAGAACCUUUGAGAAGGAAAGCGGAGAUGAGCGGAAAAAAGGGGGCUGGAAAAGAACAGAGUCGCGAAAGGAGGAAGACAAGGAGGAGAAUAUCUCCACGACCUCCCGGGGCAACGGGCCAGACAGUCAGCAAAAGAAGAAACCCUUUGAGGCCAGGAGGCCGAUAAGGUGCUUCAAUUGCCAUGAAACUGGGCACAUUGCCGCGGGAUGUCAAAAACCAAAGGUGGUUUUCGCCUUAGCGAGUAAGUGCGAGGAGAAUGAGGAGCUCCUGAGUCCGUAUCUUUUCGACAUGACAGUGAACGGAAAGUCGUGCCGCGUGUUGCGCGACAGUGGGGCUACCAUUGACCUAAUUCACCCGUCGUACGUUACUGAGACCCAUUACAAUGGGAAAUGUAGCUGGAUCAAGUCUGUGCUGGACGAGGGGAGCGUGUGUCUCCCUGUGGCCGAUGUUCUGAUUUCUGGACCAUUCGGAGAGGUGCGUACUGAGGCGGCUGUUUCAGACAAACUGCCGCCACAGUACCCCUACCUAUUUUCGAACCGAACAGACAGGAUUUUGAAAGAACAGGGCAAGAGCCUCGGGGAGGGACUCGUUCAAGCGCUCACGAGGGCUAAAGCUCGCGAGAUUUCCACGCGGCUCAGUUAUGACGAGGCUAGCCCAGGAAAACCGAAGGAUCCGCCGACGGGGGUCUCGGAGCAAACCAGUUCCGGGGAAGCAGAGAAAGACCGGGGGAGUGAGGAAAACGUCGCGGUCGAAAAAGAAACUCGCCAAGAGCAGCUAACCGAACUGGACGAGUUAAUAUUGCCCCCGACGUCGGGAAACUUUGAGAAACUCGUGUCCGUAACGAAGGAAGUUCUGAUCAAGGAGCAAAAAGCUGAUCCUAGUCUAGAUAAGGUGUGGGAAACCUCCAAGGAGGGCGUGGCCAGGAAAAACGUUUCAUUUCCUGUCCGUGAUGGUGUGCUGUACCGACACUACCGAGAUCGGUCGGGUCGCACGUUCGAUCAGCUGGUAGUGCCGGAGAAAUAUCGAGCGGAUGUGUUGCGCCUGUGCCACGGAGCGGGAUGGUCCGGUCACUUGGGCAACAAAAAGACGAAAGAUCGGCUCCUCACGGAAUUCUACUGGCCGGGAUGCUUCCGAGAUGCCGAGUCUCAGGUGCGGGCGUGCGAUGUCUGUCAGAGAGUGGGAAAACCCAAUGAAAAAUGCAAGGCGCCCCUGAGACUUGUGCCGAUAAUCUCGGAGCCAUUCAGGCGGGUGGUCAUUGAUGUGGUGGGUCCUCUUCCGGCUACUAAGGGGGGGUACCGCUAUGCUCUAACGGUCAUGUGCGCGGCUACCAAGUUCCCCGAAGCGGCCCCCAUGAAGGAACAGAGUUCAGUGGAGGUGGUGAACGCACUUCUGUCAAUUUUUGCGAGGGUAGGCUUCCCCCAAGAGGUCCAGAGCGACCAAGGGAGCGUUUUCACAAGCGCUUUGACUACUGGUUUCCUCGAGAGGUGCGGUAUAAAGGUUAUACACAGUUCAGUAUAUCACCCGCAGUCAAACAGUGUCGAGAGGUGUCACUCAGUUAUGAAGCGGGUUCUGAGGGCGCUAACUUAUGAGAGUGGGAACGAAUGGGACGCCUGCCUGCCGGCAAUGUUGUUCGCGCUGCGCUCCGUGACUCACGAGGCAACCGGCUUCAGCCCGGCCGAACUAGUGUAUGGACGGUGUUUGCGGACUCCCCUGCGGCUGCUCCGCGAAACUUGGGAGACCAAGGGAUCCGAUCCGAGUGUGGUAGAGUACAUUCUUGAUCUGCUAGAGCGAUUCCGAAGCACGAGUGAGAUAGCGGAGGUUAAUAUGCGCGAGGCCCAGAUCAGAGCGAAACGGUAUUACGACCGAAACGCCCGUGUCCGGGAGUACCGGGCGGGCGAUCAAGUCCUCUUGCUUCGUCCCUCACGCCAAAAUAAGCUACAGGUGCAGUGGGAGGGACCAUUCAAGGUGACUCAAAAGCUUUCGGAUACUAACUACGCAAUCGAAACCAGAGGCAAGAGAAAGGAAAUCAGAAUCUAUCACUGCAAUCUGAUGAAGCGUUACGUGAGCGAAACGGAAGUGGUGAACUUGACACUAAACGCCCCAGAGGAAGUUCAGACUGAUGUUCCGCUACUUUGGGAGGCUGGAGCGCCGGUCGGAGUAAAUGAAGUCAUGGCUCAGGCGGUUCGUUCGGAGGAUCUUUCGGUCUCACAGCGGGCUGAAUUGAGAGAUCUUCUGGAAAAGUACGAGAACUUGUUCUCAAUGUCUCCCGGACGAACCUCCCUUGCCACGCAUGACAUUGAGCUAACAUCAAACGUCGCGGUACGAUCCCGUCCCUAUCGCAUGUCACCAAGGCAGCAGGCUAUCUUAAAAGACGAGGUGGAGCGCAUGCUGCACUUAGGGGUAAUCGUUCCGUGUGAAAGUGAUUACUCUUCCCCUAUGAUCAUCGUAGAGGCUGCGGGAAGGGAUCCCCGACCAUGCAUUGACUAUCGCAAACUCAAUGCAAUCACCAGAGACCAGGCUUACCCGAUUCCCAACGUGGAGGAAAGAGUUGAGACGGUUAGUGGGGCUAGAUACGUUUCGACUUUAGACCUAGUGCGCGGAUACUGGCAGGUCCCGAUGACGGAAAGAGCUAGCCAUUACGCAGCCUUCGUGACCCCAACGGGCACAUUCCGCCCGUUGGUUUUGAGCUUCGGCCUUAAAAACGCUCCGUUCUGUUUCUCGCGAAUGAUGGACAGAAUUUUGCGUGGGGCGGAAAGCUACGCGCUACCGUAUCUAGACGACAUCGCCAUUUUUUCGACAACUUGGGCAGAUCACAUGAACCACCUUUCUGACGUAUUUGAAAGGUUGAGGAGCGCGGGUCUAACCGCGAAACCAAGUAAGUGUCAGCUGGCGAGAGGCGAGGUUAGAUACCUCGGCCAUAUCGUGGGUCAGGGGCUAAGAAGGCCCGACGAACUCAAGGUUGAGGCUGUAAGAGACUUCCCGCGACCUGAGAAAAAAACUGGCAUAAGGGCUUUUUUGGGGCUGACGGGGUAUUACCAACGCUAUAUCCCUCAGUACUCAGAAAAGGCUAGCCCCCUAACCGAUGCGCUGCGGAAGACCGAACCCGAUAAGAUUCGAUGGGACGACAAAAAAGAACAGGCCUUCCAGGGCUUGAAAAAUUCCCUCUGCUGUUCCCCCAUACUUCGGGCCCCGGAUUAUAGUCGCUCGUUUAUAGUGCAGUGCGAUGCCAGUAAUCGCGGCUUGGGGGUGAUUUUAUGUCAGGAGGAUGAUGCGGGAGAGGAGCACCCCGUGCUGUACGCAAGCCGGAAACUCAGCAGCCGAGAGGAGGCUUACAGUGCGUCGGAAAAGGAAUGCGCCGGCUUAAUUUGGGCAACUCAAAAGCUCUCUUGUUACCUUUACGGAGCUCCGUUCGUUUUCGUCACCGACCACUGUCCUUUGACAUGGCUAACUCAAAUGUCGACAAAAAAUGCCCGACUUCUGCGGUGGAGUUUGGCUUUACAAGAAUUAACCUUCACGGUUAAGUACAAGAGGGGGGCGGCUAACUCCAACGUAGACGGACUUAGCAGGUCGUUUUGA